AUGGAAGCGCAGACGAUGGUGGUAGUUGAUGAGCCUCCACCCGUCGAAGGAGUCGAUGUGGCGCUGGCACUGGCACUGGCACUGAUUGUGGACGAGCUUGCGGAUGAUGACGAGCUGGACAUGGAAGUAGAGCUGCUGGACAAGGAGGAGGUUGUUGAGCUCGAAGAGGAGGAAGUGGAGCUUGAAGCGGCCGAAGAGGUUGACGAUGCGGCAGCACUCGAAGAAGCGGAAGAUGAGGAAGCAGAAGCCGAGGCGGAGGCGGAAGCGGAAGACGAGGCUGCUGCUGUUGAGGAGGCUGCUGCCGCAGUUGAGGAGGCUGCCGCAGAGGUGGCAGCGGAGUCCGCGGUUGUGGUCGUUCCGGCCAUCUUGGGGGAUUUUAUGUGGGAGAGAAGGGAACCGGAAGAGGGCAAACCACGCGGAAGAGAAAGGUAG